AUGGAAUCACGGCCUCACAAACGUCCACGAAUCUACAGCUCUUCAAGCGGAGAAGACAGACCGCCCAAGCGUCCCGCAUACUCUGAACCUACCGUUCGUCUCCAGAAUGGCAAGCAGCGCGACUAUGCAGAUUAUACGGUUGCUAUUGUGUGCGCUCUUGAUUUUGAAAUGAGCGCUGUCCGCUUCAUGCUGGAUCGUCAACAUCGACCUCUACCCGAGAAAGAGGGGGAUCGGAAUUCCUACGUCCUCGGCGAGCUUAAUGGACAUAACGUCGUUAUCGCUUGCCUUCCCGGAACUCAAGGGAAAAGCGCUGCUGCCCAUGUUGCGGCAGACCUCGAGCGCACAUUUCCGCACGUUCAAGACCGGCUGCUUGUUGGUAUUGGGGGUGGUGUACCCAGUGACAGGCAUGAUAUACGUCUUGGCGAUGUUGUGUUGAGCAUGCCAGAUGGGCAGUAUAACGGGGUGGUCCAAUAUGACUUGGGCAAAGAUACGGAAGAUGGAUUCAGUCUCAAAGGAUCUCUUCUCCCGCCUCCUAGAACCCUAAUAAACGCCGUGGCAUUGAUGAAAUCCGACCAUUACGCGAAGCAAAACAGAAUUGCUGAGUUCAUCACGGAAAUGACAGAGAGGGAACCAAAACUUUUAAAUUAUUAUCAGCGUCCGUCAUCAGAUUUAGAUAUUCUGUUCAGGUCAGGCUUUCGGGACACACUCGGUCGGGAUACAUAUACACCAAGCAAUCAAUCAGAGACCAUUCAAAGAAACUCACGCUUGCCUAGCGGUCCUCAUAUCCACUACGGGCUCGUAGCAUCGGGAGAUCGCGUGCUUAAAAGCGCACACAAGCGUGAUUCAAUCAGGGACAGAAUCGGUGAUAUACUCUGUUUCGAGAUGGAAGCGUGUGGGCUUGUGACGGAGCUUCCUUAUAUGGUAAUACGUGGCAUUUCUGACUAUGCAGACUCGCACAAGAAUGAUCAAUGGCAACAUUACGCCGCUGCUGUAGCUGCUGGCUGCGCUAAAGAGCUGCUUACAUACAUACAUGUUCACAACACACCAGUCACUGUUUCGCUUGAUUCUGAGGAAGAUGUCAACGCCUCCCGGCAUGCAGUCGGUGGAACCAUCAAAUUUACGGAAGAGCAAAGACACAAGCUUUUGGAGUCACUAGAGUUUGACCAAUUCAAUGCCCGACAGAAGACCAUCAAACUGGCUCACAAAAGAACAUGUCGCUGGCUCCUCAGCAGAGACGAAUACAAGAACUGGCUUGAUGCAACCAAAUAUAAAGACCACUAUGGUUUUCUUUGGAUCAAAGGAAAACCCGGAACAGGAAAAUCGACAAUUAUGAACUUCGCACACAAUGAAGCUAAGCGGAAAAUGAAAGAUAAAAUUGUCAUUUCAUUCUUCUUCAACGCACGGGGGGCAGACCUGGAAAAGUCCACCAUGGGCAUGUAUCGAUCUCUGUUGUUACAACUACUUCAAAGAUUCCCAAAACUUCAAGAUGUACUUCUCAGUUGUUUGGAGACCCUCGGCAUGAAAAUUGGAACCACUGCCGAACACUUACAAUUCACUAUAAAUACGCUCAAGUACAUAUUCAGAGAGGCAAUUCAUAGUCUCGAUCGUCACUCUAUAGUGUGUUUUAUCGACGCACUAGAUGAGUGCAGCGAGGAAGAAGUACGAGACAUGAUAUCAUUCUUCCAAGAGGUCGAUGAGUAUGGAGAAAAUCUUGAUGAAGAUCUUCAUUUCCAAGUUUGUUUCUCCAGCAGACACUACCCACAUAUUUCAAUCGAUCGGGGAUUGAGGUUGGUCCUCGAAGGCCAAGAGGAGCAUAAUCAAGAUAUUGCCGACUACGUGAUCGAUAAAUUGAAAAUUGGAAACAGCAAAGCAGCACAAGAUAUCAGAGAUCUUCUUCGAGAAAAAGCAUCCGGCGUUUUCAUGUGGGUCGUCCUGGUCGUUGAUAUACUGAAUAAAGAAUAUGAUCGCGGUCGCAUCAUGGGACUUCGAAAUAGACUUCAGGAUAUCCCCAGCGACCUCCAUGAAUUAUUCCGGGAUAUACUCAGACGAGACAGCAACGACAGUGAUAAGGAUGUACUUCUUCUCUGUAUUCAAUGGGUCCUAUUCGCACGACAACCUCUGACACCCGAGCAAUUCUACUUCGCCAUGCAUUCCGGCGUUGCACCUGAGUCGCUUUGCGAAUGGGAUACUGUUGAAAUUACACAAGAUGUAAUAAAAAGAUUCAUUCUCGACUCUUCUAAAGGACUUGCGGAGACUACGCGAUCGAAAAAUCCAACUGUUCAGUUCAUUCAUGAGUCAGUCGUGGAUUUUCUUUUGAAAAAGAAUGGAUUUGCCGACAUCUGGAACGAUAUUGGAACCAAUUUUCGAGGACUGAGCCAUGAGCGGCUAAAGUCCUGCUGCAUCAACUAUAUAAAUAUUGAUUUUUCUGGCUAUAUUCAGCCUAACACAGAAAUUCCUGAAGCAUCAAGCAAACAAGCCAAAAGCCUGCGUGAAUCCGUCAUUGGAGCGUUCCCAUUGUUGAAAUAUGCACUUCAGAACGUGUUCUAUCAUUCCGAUUGCGCUCAAGUGGCAGGCAUUCCUCAAGGAGAGUCUCUUGAAGAGUUUUGCGUGCCCAAAUGGGUUUUACUAGACAAUGUCAUUGGAAAGCAUCAUAUUCGCCGACACGCACAAAACGUGAGUUUAUUAUAUCUACUCGCCGAACUCAACGCUCCGAAUCUAGUAGAGGUUCAUCCUCUAGUGAUGUCCUAUCUUGAGAUCGAGAAGGAGCGUUAUGGUACCCCACUCUUUGCAGCUCUUGCUAUGGGGAAUCGAGCCGUUGUCCGCGCUUUCCUACGAGCGCAUGCUGCGCAACGGCCCUCGAGCAGACAUCUCAGCGACCUUUACGAUCUUUACUGUCAGGAUGAUGGUACACGCUCUGAUUUUGGGCGGAACUUCUCAUUCUUGAAGCUAAAGGGAAUACUGUUCCAUCUCGUCGAAUUUGAUCAUGAAAUAAUAUUUCAAUUUGCAAUGGACAUUUACCCAGAUAUGCUCGGCGACAACUAUUACAAAGACAGGUCACCACUAUCGUGGGCAGUAAAACAUGGAUGUUAUAACACGAUCAAGCUACUCAUUGAGGCUUAUGAGGUCAAUAUCAGUACGGACAAUACACCGAACAGAAAUGGCGAAAUACCAUUACAAUAUGCAGAAGAAAGGGGAUUUGGUGGACUGGUUGAGUUGCUGCUCAAGAACAACUUUAAUGCCAACACUGUUGACCCUCGUGACCGCACACUAGUCUCUUAUGCGGCAGGAUAUGGACAUGAUGCUCUAGUCAAAGUCCUUCUCGAAAAUUAUGAGAUUGACAUCAAUUUGGCGGACCGAGCCGGUCGAAUACCACUUUCAUAUGCCGCAGAAAAGGGGUAUUUCGCCGUAGUUCGGCUGCUGAUUGAAAAGGCCGAUGUGAAUAUAGCUGACAUAGAUGGUCGAACACCACUCUCAUACGCUGCAAUUUAUGGCAAUUCUGAUAUAGUCAAGCUACUGCUUGCGAAGGCCAAUCCUGAUUUAAAAGAUCAUCAGGGUCGAACGCCACUUUCAUACGCCGCAGAAAAUGGAUAUGCUUAUAUAGUCAAGCUACUGCUUGCGAAGGCCAAUCCUGAUCUGAAGGAUCAUCAGGGUCGAACACCACUUUCAUACGCUGCAAUUUAUGACCAUUCUGAUAUAGUAGAGCUACUACUUGAGAAGGCCAAUGCUGACUUAGAGGAUACUCAAGGUCGAACACCACUCUCAUAUGCUGCAGGAAUCGGGUAUGCUUAUAUAGUCAAGCUGCUGCUUGCGAAGACCAAUCCUGAUUUGAAAGAUCAUCAUGGUCGAACGCCACUUUCAUACGCCGCAGAAAAUGGAAAUGCUUAUAUAGUCAAGCUACUGCUUGAGAAGGCCAAUGCUGACUUAGAGGAUGAUCUAGGUCAAGCACCACUCUCAUACGCUGCAGGGAUUGGACAUGCUUAUAUAGUCAAGCUACUUCUUGAGCACGUCAAGGUUGAUUCUGAUAAUUUGAAAACAACAAUGUCACAGGCGAUGGCGGGGGGGCAAUUUGGGGUGUUCAUGCUACUCCCUAGAAAUAGUGAAACAGCUGUCAAAAUGCUUGAAACCCCUGAGAAUGCAUCCAUAUCAUAUGCAGCAAGAAAGAGAUAUGAUACCAUGCUGAAAGAACUAUUUGCAGAGGCUAAUACAGAUGAUAUAUUACAAAUGUCUAUUGAUCAAAGGCUACUCACAAUCGCGGCAAAACUUGGAGAUUACAGUUUAUUGCAGCUGCUUCUCAAGGAACGUCAGGUCGAUGUGAAUGGGGACAACAGCGGUGGUCGAACAGCUCUCUCCGCUGCAGUGUUGCAUGGGCAUGAAAGCAUAGUUAAACUACUCCUAGAAAGAAGCGAGGUCAACGUGAAUGCAGAAGGCUCUAUGGGCACAUCAGCUCUCCCAAAAGCAGCACCGAAAGGGCCUGAAAAUACAGUCAGACUGCUUCUCGAGAAAAAGGAGAUCGAUGUCAAUGCGACGGAUCUAGAUGGCAGGACCGCACUGUACAGCGCAGUUCGAAACUACAAUGUCCCUAUAGUCGAAUUGCUGCUCGCAACAGACGGUAUUGACGUCAAUAUACCCGAUAACGAUGGCUGUACGCCUUUCUCAUUUGCAGCAGAAAGAGGAUAUAAGGAAAUUGGCAGACUACUUUUGCUUUCAACCAGAGUUGAUCCAAAUAUUGUUCAGCAAUACCCAGACUUCACCUCCACGAUCAGAAUGCAUACAUAG